GAGCGAUCGAGUCGGGGGCGGUGCUCAGAAUGGGCUUUUAACACAGAUGCGGAGCGGCCCUUCUGCUUGAACGUGAGAUAGAGGAACAGCACCAUGACCGCGAGCACAUACGACGUGAUUGUGAUUGGCGGAGGCAUCUCAGGUUUGAGUGCCACCAAGCUGUUGGUGGAGAGCGGCUUGAACCCUGUGCUCCUUGAAGCCAGAGACCGUGUUGGAGGAAGAACCUUCACUGUUCGGAAUAAGGAGACCAAAUGGGUGGAUCUGGGAGGAGCGUAUGUUGGGCCCACUCAAAACCGAAUCCUGAGGUUGGCCAAGCAGUAUGGGGUAAAUACGUACAAAGUCAACGAAGAGGAGUCUCUGGUUCAUUAUGUGAAGGGGAAAUCAUAUCCAUUCAAAGGGCCUUUCCCUCCUAUGUGGAACCCUUUUGCUUACCUGGACUACAACAACCUCUGGAGGACAAUGGACAAGAUGGGAAUGGAGAUCCCAGUGGAUGCUCCAUGGAGGGCCCCUCAUGCAGAAGAGUUGGACAAGAUGACCAUGCAGCAGCUUUUUGACAAGAUUUGUUGGACCAGGGCUGCACGCCAUUUUGCCACACUCUUCGUCAAUGUGAAUGUGACCUCUGAGCCCCAUGAGGUGUCUGCUUUGUGGUUCCUCUGGUACGUCAAGCAGUGUGGUGGCACUAUGAGAAUCUUUUCCACCACCAAUGGAGGCCAGGAGCGCAAGUUUGCCGGAGGCUCCAGUCAAAUCAGUGAGGGAAUGGCGAGAGAACUUGGUGACUGUGUGAAGUUGGAGAGAGCAGUCUACAGCAUUGACCAGACUGGAGACCUGGUGGUGGUCAAGACACUCAAUGAGGAGAUAUACAAGGCCAAAUAUGUCAUACUUGCCAUACCACCAGGGCUGAAUUUAAAGAUCCACUUCAGCCCUGAAAUGCCUCCUCUUAGGAAUCAGCUCAUUCAUAGAGUGCCCAUGGGUUCAGUCAUCAAAUGCAUGGUGUACUACAGAGAGAACUUCUGGAGGAAGAAGGGAUAUUGUGGCAGCAUGGUAAUUGAAGAAGAGGAAGCACCUAUUGGUCUCACACUUGAUGACACGAAGCCUGAUGGGACUGUGCCUGCUAUAAUGGGUUUCAUUCUGGCACGAAAAUCCAGGAGACUAGCGGGCCUGACGAAAGAGGAGAGAAAGAAAAGGAUCUGUGAGAUUUAUUCUCGUGUGCUCGGCUCAGAGGAAGCGCUACAUCCUGUGCACUAUGAGGAGAAAAACUGGUGUGAGGAAGAGUACUCUGGUGGCUGCUACACAGCUUACUUCCCCCCUGGCAUCAUGACACAAUUUGGCAGGGUCUUGCGAGAGCCGGUUGGCAGGCUGUACUUUGCAGGCACUGAGACGGCCACUGAAUGGAGCGGUUACAUGGAGGGUGCCGUACAGGCAGGAGAGAGAGCAGCUAGAGAGAUUUUAUGUGCAGUGGGAAAACUCCAUGCAAGUCAGAUCUGGCAGUCGGAGCCUGAAUCAUUGGAUGUCCCAGCCCGGCCGUUUGUCACCACAUUCUGGGAAAGAAACUUGCCAUCCGUUGGGGGAUUCCUUAAGUUUAUGGGUGUGUCCUCCUUCCUGACUCUUGCCACUGCAGCGGGAGUGUUAGCCUACAAGAAGGGGUUUCUCCCUCAGCGCUAAAGCCCCUCCCACUUGCAGCCUAUUCUCUAUGACCUGGCCUUGUAAUUGUUGCAUUCGACCUAAUAAAAUUUGAAUCUAAUCCGGGCCAUAACACUGCCUGGCUAUGUGGCGCAGUUAUUUUGAUGGGAAUUGACACAAAUGUAUUGUUGUCACACAUUUGCUCAGUCAUUGUGAAAAAUGAACCAAGUGAUUUAAUAUGGGAUAAUGAGUACUAAUUGUUAACAAGGGAAUCGCCCUGUCAAAGUACCCAGACUACACGUAUGAAAAGAACUGAAAGAGCGACACUAACGUGUGUGUGUGUGUGUGUGUGUGUGUGUGUGUGUCUCAUCAGUCUUAUUGAUUACCUCUGCUAAUUUCAGGUGCUGUUCUCAGGAACUCGUUCUCUUAAUUAACCUUCAAAAAUAGAGAAAAUAGCAUUACAGAAAUUAGAAGCAUUAGGUUAGCAUUGAAAAAUGCAUUUUAUUGUAUUAUGUGACAGACAACAUCUUCUAUACAACAUAACACAGAAGCUGUGUUUGCUUCAGCACAAUUCACUAUCUUUUAUGAGAGAAGCAGAGCCUGUUCAUAACAUUUUUUAUAACAUGCCAUGAUGGUGUUAAGUGAUUUAGUACAGACCGGUGACUGGCACAAUGAUGAAGUGAAGUCUACAGUCAUAUUGAAGUAGAGUCAUAGAGUGUCUUGUCUAAUUUGAAUGAUAUUCCAGUGUUUAAUGUAAUUUCUAAUGGCUGCUGUGCAUAAUUGUUUCUGAUCGAAGCAUAUGGAAGCAUUUGAAUGUACUCUUACAGAUCAGAGUUUUUUUUUUUUUUUUU